GUCACAGCUUAUUCAUUGCUCCUCUCUUUAAACUAGCAAAAACACAACCAGCUUACAAACGUGCACCUCUUCUGCCAUAAUGUCUCCUCGCUCUAAUGAGCCAUCCAGCCCAGAGGCCAAGGAACGGCGCGCGCGUAAUAGGGCAGCGCAGCUAAAGUUUCGGAAGAAGAAACAAGAAGUCGAUGAGACACGCUGCAACCGAAUAAAGCACCUUGAAGGUGUGAUUGAGAAAAUGAGCACUGUCUUGGUAGAAUUCACAGAUGGGCUCUUACAGCAGGAUGCCGUCCAACAGAGCCCUGGUAUGAUAGCCAGCAUUCAAGGCGUUAUCGCCGAUAUUCUUACAUUGGCCAAUGAAGCUGGAGACCCUGAACAGGACCACAAGGCUCGUAAGGCUCGAGGAAAAGCCACUGAAACCCAAUACCAUUCUCCCAAAGACGUUGAAGAUGAGAUUCCUAGUUCAAACCCCAAUAUUACCAUUACCGCUACUCCCGACGACCCGAUGACUGCCAUUUCCCCAAUGCCCCUUACAGACGACUCCCCCAUAGAUAUGCCUUUGUCUGAAGACACAAUGGUGCCGCUACCGGUAGUUCCAACAGUCUACUCCCAAGCAAACUACCCGCCAUCUACGAUCCCGGCACCUCUCAGCCCUCUUUUGUGGACAUCCUCAUUGCCACCUCUAUCUCUCAAUUCUUUCAUUUGUCGUCUUACAUAUUCAUGCUUCAAGGUUGGCUGCCUUGUUCUCAGCAGAUCAAUCGAUGCCCCACUUCCACUAUCAGAAGAGAGUCGUAUGUUUGGCUCGACCCUUCGCUACCGCGAAAGGGAUGAAAUGAUCUUGAGAAUGCGAUGGCUGCUCGGCCCUGGCAAGCAUGAACUUCAGACCUUGGCAGAGUUACCCUGGGGAGGGAGAUGGUGGGAUCAAGAGUUUUCCGGUAGCGACCUUGCGAAUUAUGCCACGAAUGCCUCGAUGGUUGACUCAUCUGCCCCCCAGUUCCUUAGUGUCCUUGGUGUCGAGAAACAGCUCAUGGCACUUGGCGCUCGCUUUGUGGAUAAAGAGACUAUCGAGCUGGACUCGAGUGCCUUGGCGAUCCUGUCGGGGAAUCGCCUAGAACCUAGCUGCGCGCAGCCAGAUAGCUGGAGUUUUGUCAACCUUUUCCCGUCAAAAAAUUCACGACCGCAGAUAGACGCGCCGAGAAUAUGGGUCAGUCUGAAUUUGCUCAUAGCAAACUUGACAAAGAUAGCGGUUUGUUUGAUGAAAGGCCCUGGCUUUCCCAGACAGGCAUUGAGAGGAGCUAUUGAACAGUCUGUGAUUACGAGGAAGAUCAACCCAGGGAGGCCCGGCAUGGCCAGUAUAGAAUCAUCGCUUUGUUACUAGACUAAGUAGCAGUACCUGAGUAUCUAUUUAAACAUCUC